AUGGCGUCGAUCUUACUGCCCCGAGUACUGGCAGGCCCCGCCUUCUCACAUACGCCUUCCAAAUACAACCUCGAAGACGGCCUCAUCACAGCCUGCGUCGUCGGAUACGUCAUGCUUGGCGUGAUCACCUACUUCAUCCUCAACAACGGCCGCCUCGCGGGCCUGCCCGCCUGGUACAAGGACACCGACCGCGGCAAGACAGACAAGAUACUCCUGGGACUGUGGUACGCGGGGAUCCUGUGCUUCUGGCCGCUCGUCCUGCCGCCGUACCUGGCGAGCCGGUUCGCGUUCAGCUGCUGCCGGCGCUUCGCCACACGAGACAACGGCUAUGACGAAGAGCGAGUGCGACCGCCGCCGCCGACGCAGAGACACGGUUUGGAUCUGGGCAGGUGGCAUGAUAUCCCCUUGGAUGACCAGCCGACUACCCCGGCUCCCCGACCACGCGGCGAGGUUUCGUGGUGGCAGCUGCCUUCUUAUUCGCGCGAGUUAUUGCGACAGGUCUCUCCCAAGACGGUGGAAGAGGGUUACAACACGGCCGAGAGUGACAGCACCGGCGAGGGAAGCUCGAACGGGAAGGGGAGGUCUUUUUCAAUGUUUUUGAACAGGUCGGAGGGGGGCGCACAACAUAUGGGACGCAGCCAGACUCGGUAA